AUUGACGGUCGCACGAUGGUGACUGUGCGAGUGAUUUUUCUAGUCGUGGUUGUCUGUUGUGCGUUUUCGAUAGUGCGGGCGAGGCCACACGGCAAGGAAGAAGAGUGGAAACAUGGUGGUGGAAAGGAGCAUCACUCGGAAGAACACUCAUCGCACGGUGAAAAAGGAGACAAAGGAUACAAACACGACGAGGAGCACGAGGAGGGCAAAAAAGGUCACCACGACGAGGAGGGCCACAAGAAGAAAUAUCAUGACGAGGGUGGUCACAAGAAGAAACAUCACGAUGAGGGUGGGUACCACAAGGAGAGCAAAAAAGGCGAAAAGGGUGAAAAGGGGCACAAGUUUGAGGAGAGCGGAAGCUUUAAGAAGGGACAUUCCACCAAGGGACAUCACGAGAUACACAAACUAGACGAGUUCAAGAAAGAGAAGAAAUUUUUCGAUGAAGAUCAUGAUGAAGCGUUUGAUGAGAAGUUUGGCGAUUUCAAGGAAGAGCAUGGCUAUAAGAAGGGUGGUCAUGAGAAGAAGGGCCAUAAGAAAUCUGGCCACCAUCACGAUCACUACGGCAAAAAGGGACACAAGAAGAAGGGAUCACACCACCACGAUCAUGUAGGCCACAAGGACGAACAUGGGCACGACGAGCACUGGAGCCACAAGGAGCAUUUUGGCAAAAAAGGAGGCAAGGACCAUCAUAAAAAGUGGGGACACAAAAAAGGUCAUCAUUGAGAAGUGUUUAAAUAAAUGUCAGUCUAUCAACAUAAA